AGCCGAUGGGAUAGGCGCGGGGGCGCGUCUGUCACCCGGCAAGCCCCCGGCCCGGACUCGGAGGGAUGCGGAGCGGCAGUGGCGGCGGCGGUGGCGGAGACUGUGGCUUUAAGAGCGCACAGGGAGCGCCAGAGUCAGCCGUGCAGUCCUUCGUCGCCAAGCACUCCGGAGCAGCCGAGCCUGGCGCGGCGGGACCGUGCAGCCUGCAGCCAGGUGGUGGCUUCAAGUGUUGGCGUACUCCUGGAGUCUGAAAAUAGAUGAGAUUUCUGGACUGUUGGAUGUGGCUGCCGAGAACCAGCUGUGGGCCUCUGCUAGAGAGCCCUUCCUCUGACGUCACCAGUGUGUGGAGCCUGCCGCACACCCACCCCCCGCCAAACCACGGCCUUUACCUGUGUCUUCCGGUGUUUCCCGUGCGACCCGUCCUGUGGGAGUGCCUCGUGGGCUGCCCCAGAGUUCACCCCGCGCUCAGCUGCACCGAUGGUGAAGAUGACAAGAUCCAAGACGUUUCAGGCCUACCUGCCCUCCUGCCACCGCACCUACAGCUGCAUCCACUGCAGAGCUCACCUGGCCAAUCAUGACGAACUCAUUUCCAAGUCGUUCCAGGGAAGUCAAGGACGAGCAUACCUCUUUAACUCAGUAGUUAAUGUGGGCUGUGGGCCUGCAGAAGAGCGGGUGUUGCUAACAGGCCUCCAUGCGGUCGCAGACAUCUACUGUGAAAACUGCAAAACCACUUUGGGCUGGAAAUAUGAACAUGCUUUUGAAAGCAGUCAGAAAUAUAAAGAAGGCAAAUACAUCAUUGAACUAGCACACAUGAUCAAGGACAAUGGCUGGGACUGACCCGACAGCGUCCAUCCGGUCCAGCAUCCACAUGAAUGCCAUCCAAUCGAACAUUCUACCCAAGCGUGAGAGAGUGACUGAACACUUGGUUCCAUCCAUUCAGGGGCCUUGCCAUCAGGGGGCAUACUCCUACCCUGACGCCAUCUUUUUUGGUGACUGGCCUCUGAAUCGCUGUCUCUCUGUCUCUUUGCUUUGUAUCUGUUUGUGAGUUGAUCUUGGCUUCUCUGUUCCAGUGUUGGCUGAAAACAAAAUGACAAACAGAACAGAUCCUUGGCCGUGUGGUGGCGUCCACCUUGAAAGGGGGCCCCCAGCCCAUGAGAGCUGCCUAGUGGCCUCUUGUCAGAGCAGUGGCACCUGGGCACGAGGAAGAGCAAAGAUGAACCCGAGAGUCCUGGGGUUGGGGAAGGGGCAGGAGGGUAGAGGUAGAACAAAGGCGUGCUACUCUUGGGGACCUGGCUUGAAAUAAUUGACUCUUUCUAAAGGACAAAGAGAAAAAAAAAUACCUCAUGGCUAUAUUCUCUCUGACAACAAACUUCUGUCCUAACAUGAAAUGUGCCAGGAUAGCAGAUUAGCACAAGAAAUGGCCCUGAUUCUUGCUGACAGGGCAAGACCCUGGCAUUCUGGGCCGCGGAAUGUCCUUCUAGGGUGGGUUGGGGGGUAGGUAAAGCCCAAAUGGGUUUUAGUGAUUCUGAUGCCUCCCGCCCCCACCCCACCCGUGGGCAAUCACCUUCUUGGUUUCUUUCACUCUUUCAGUGAAGGGAAAGAUGCAAGAUGCAAAUAUUCCAUUUAGCCAGCAGCACCCUGAAAUCCACAGUGGAGGAAAGCCAGGGAGCACGGGUCGCAGCCUGGGAACUCCUGAUAACGAGCAGGAAAAGUAAGAAUUGGUAACUAGUCAGCAGUUCUGUGGGAGCAAUGUGAUGAGGAGAGGUUCAGGGAGGAACAGUUUAGAUUCGAGCCAGUCCGGGCUCGGCACAUCCUUCCUCCGUGUGCAGUCGCUUCCACGGGAUUAGCAGUUCUCUGUGCAAAGUGUUUCUGGUUUGCCUUUUUUCCUACAGUUCCAUCAUCACCUAAGAAGCAAAGAUCCAAGAUUGCAUCCCUCGUGCCUCUGUUGUUUUAGACCCGAGUGUCUUAUGUGGGGAGAGUAAUCUUCUGACAGUGUGGUCCUGCAGUGGGGAGGAAUCAUAGGUUCACUGUGGCCCCCUCACCCAUCACCCCACCCAAGCUUUGCAUUAGGGAUGGGGGAAAAUUCCCUGUAAGUCUCGAGACGAUAAGGAACUUAGCGCAUCAGUCAACACUGAAUGUUUUACAGCAGUUCAGCUAUGACGUGGCACAUGGCUGAAACUCAUUUGAAUUAAUUUCAUUUCCUAGGCAGAAAAUAAUGUUAAAAUACACACAUAGUGGGUAAUUCUCAACAUUGUUCUCCAACUAGGCUGGUCCUACAGGAAAAUGCACUUCUUAAAAAAAGCCUAAUAAAAGAGUUCAUGGGAAUAAGAAUCUGUAAAACUGGUUAACUCAGACUAAAGCAUCUGACCCAGGGCAUUUUCAAAUCUCAUCUUCAACAGAACUAAUUUCCCAACAGGAGAGCUGUGGUUCCCUGGCUUUGUCCCCCGUGUCCUGAUCUGGGACUUGGCACUGCCCUGCUGGUGGUGAUGGCAAGGUGGCAGAGAACAGGUCAGGCCUGUUUAACAGCAGAUCACUCUUCUUGUAGGACGUAAGGAUUCCUAGAAACAGGAUUUUGUUCCUCAAGUCUCCUUGUCCAGAGCCUUGGAACAUUAGCUCCCCCCCACCUCACCCCCCAAUCUCCGCCGCCACCACCACCAUGGACUGCAGGACAGACUGAGCCCCAGAAGGACUAAGAUUUGCUUCAUGAAAACCACUCGGUGGCUCCCAGGCUCAAGUUCUCAGUGACACACAUUUUUCCACUUUCACAUUCCAAAACUGUCUCCAGAGUCAAGCCUUGUCGCGUCCACCCCCCAAUCCUGCCCGAGGGAAGUGGCCUUCAUUUAAGGAUUUGAUUACACACCCUUUGCUCAGGGAAUAUCCCAGCUCUACUAAAGUCCUUUUUCUUUUUCUAAUGGAGGGUGGGGGUUAAACCUAGGUGGAUAGUUUUUCUUUAAAACUAAAAUUAGUGAGGCGUAGAACUUGGCUGUGUGACGUCCUGCCGUUCUCAAGGGUCAGAGAAGGAGACCAGUGUGCCACUGUUUUUACUUGGUGGGGUCCUUGAUCAUCUUGGACCAGAGCAAGCUCCAGUAGGAGCCUGGUUCUGGAUUUUUCUUGAACUGAUGUCUGAGCAUCCAGUGGGUGUCUGGUACCAUAUAUGGUGCCGAAAGGGAGUAGCAGGUCGCGGUUUUUCCAUAGCUACUUUGGGGGUGGGACCAAAACCCAUUAGGCUUCUCUUUGUGGCAGUGACACCAGAAGUGCUUCUUAUGCCCUUCGCUCCAUCCACGGCUUGUCUGCCUAACACUUAGCGGUGUGACCCUCGCUCCAUCCGUGGUGUGUCUAUCUAACACUUAGCAGUGUAACCCUCGCUUGGUCCUCGGCUUGUCUACCUAACACCUAGCAGUGUGACCCUUGCUCCAUCCUCGGCUUGUCUACCUAACACCUAGCAGUGUGACCCUUGCUCCAUCCUCGGCUUGUUUGCCUAACACUUAGCAGUAUUAGAGUCCACAGCUGAGCAAGGGAGACAAGCGCACUCCAAGCCUCGUUCGGUUUCUUUAUUUUCCUCACCAAAUUAUUGACUCAGCAUAACCAAAGACCUCAUCCAUUCACCCCACAUAGGUUCAGGGAAUUGGAGUUGAUUGGGUGACCUUGGGCAGGGGUGGGUGAACAGCAAAGAGAAAGGGAGGGGCCUCAAGUUCUGUACCUCAGCCCACAGCUGCCUUCGUUUUGAACUGAAGACUAGCUGACCAGCUCCCAUUCCUUCUCCCCGUGCCACUGUAAGGUAAUAGGGCCAUGGCCACCCUGGAAUACAUUCACCCCCUCCCCCAUAUUUCCCUAGGCUGCUAAUGGGUGAAUGAGCAUGAGACAAGGGUAGCCAAGCUUGAUGCCCAUGGGCUCUCGGCUGGGCCUGGCUGAGUCCCGCCCCAGCACCUAGUCAGAUCAUGUAGAUAAGUAAGUCUUUGCUGGUAGAUCAGUGUGUACUAAAGCGGUGUCCCCUUUAUAAUAAGGUUUUCAAGUCUCUUGUGAAAUAUACUUUUGUAAAUAAUAUUUAAUUUUUUAAAUAAUAUAUUUGGUGCUGUAUUCUCAGAUCCCUGGGAGCACUUUGUUUUCAGUUCUAUGGCUUCCUCUGUGUUUCUUGAAGUACAUUUUAAGGGAAAGAGUAAUCACCAAGAUUUUUUUUUUAAAGAUCUGUCACUUUAACUUGGAUUGAGGCUUUAAAACUUUUUUUUGCAUUUUUGUGUUUGCGUUUUCCCCAGUGGAACAGACUGUAGUAAAUUACCAGGUUGUGAACUGAUACUUUCUUAUCCUGUCUUGGCUAGAAAAGAAACAAGUUUCAGUAGUAACAACUUAGAAGUAAUUGCUGUAGUUGGGAGAACUUCUGAGAAAUUGGAAUCGUGUGAGUGUGUGUGUGUGUGUGUGUGUGUGCGCGCGCGCACGCGUGUUUUCUUUUCUACUGAGGACACUAUUUGAAUUACAGUUGUUUACACCUUGGGCACGUAGAGUUUCCCUUUCUGGUUUCCAUGUCUGAGUGGACCAACAGCAUGGAGCAGGAUUUCUCUCCCUGAGCUGGAGUGUGCUCUGUGCUCUGCUUCUAAAGCUGGCAAAGCAAACCUGUAAGAUGAAAUCGAAGUCAGGUCCAUGCUUCUGAGAUGUGAACAGAUCAGUCACACAUCCGAGGGCUCUGAUUGUUCUAGAAGCCAGGUCAUACUAAAUGUUAACUGGUUCUGGUUCAGGCUAAAAGGACAUUGAUAACACGAUAUCUUUUUAUUUUUCUUUUCUUUUUUCUUUUUUGAAGGUCAGAUUGCUUCAGGUUCAGGCAGAGGCUGACAAAUCAAAUUUUGAACAUCACUUUUGUAUUUAAAAAAAUCUGCCUCAAUGGAAAAUACAUUCUAGUUCUGUGAGGGGGAAAGGUUUUUAAAAUCGUGAUUGAUUUCUAAAAAUUACUAUACAGUCAUGAAAUGUACCAGAAUCAAAGAUAAAGCCAAGAAAGACCUUAUUGUCUCUACAAGGUUAGCUCUGCCCGGUGUUCUACAGUGUUUAGGUGAAGGUGGAAUCAGUCCCCUCUUCCCAGCCCGCAGAGACUUGUGUACCACAGGUUUGUAUGUCUGUCUGUGUUUACAAACUGUAUUGUUGGAUUUCAAAUUGUGUUUGUUUCUCAUUUUCGAUUGUCUUCGGUGGCAUUUUUCCCCUGCAGGUCACUUUGCUCCAAUAACAAAGGCGAUUUUUUUUGAGUGAUUGUCUUCACCUCUUUUCGGUAUCUGCACAUAAUGACUCAGUAUUAGUGAGAAGUUGCAUUGUUUGUCGUUUCUGAUCUGUGUUGGUGCUCAUUUGAGAAAAUAAAGUUUUCAAAUAUUAA